AUGGCGAAAGAAGUAGAGAAGUACGUAAAGUCAUGUGAAAUAUGCAUUCUGAUGUCUCGAAAAGGUCCACCACAACCUCUAUCAUCUAGAGAACUGCCAGAGAAUCUAUGGGAAAUCUUCCAGAUUGAUUUCCUCUCUAACCCGGGGUUUGCAACGGGGGAGUUUCUGGUGAUUGUUGACAUCUACUCACGUUAUUUGUCGGUAGUAGAGAUGAAGCGACUGGAUGCAGACCACACAAAUGCGGCCUUAUGUGAUGUAUUCCAGAGAUGGGGAUUGCCACGUGUGCUUCAAAGCGAUAAUGGCUUUUCAAAGGCCUUUCAGAGCGCCGUUUUUAUUUCCUUCUGGGAAGAGAAGGGAGUAAAGGUUCGAAAGGCAAUUCCUAUGAGUCCACAAAUAAACGGCGCAGUGGAAAGACAGAAUCCCGGAAUAACCAAAGCUUUAACGGCAGCCAAAUUAGAGGGCAAGAAUUGGAGGUGGGCACUUAACCAAUAUGUUCAUAACCACAACACCCUUGUGCCCCACUCACGGUUAAAAGUUACGCCGUUUGAAUUGCUUGUUGGGUGGAAAUUCCGCGGUACGUUCCCCAGCCUAUGGCAGCACAAGGAACAAGCGUUGGACCAAAUUGACAUCCGAGAACGGGAUGCGGAUACUAAGCUGAAUAGCAAGAAACAUGCGGAUACGAAACGUGGUGCCAAACCAUCGGAAGUAAAAUUGGGAGAUUUGGUACUCAUCACACAGCAGAAGAAAACAAAAACUGAUCCUAACUUUUCAUCGUAG